AUGAAUUCCAUUGAGUUUCCCUUACUUGAUCAAAAAACCAAAAAUUCAGUUAUUUCUACUACAUUAAAUGAUCUUUCAAAUUGGUCAAGACUAUCCAGUUUAUGGCCGUUUCUCUAUGGUACUAGUUGUUGCUUCAUUGAAUUUGCUUCAUUAAUAGGAUCGCGAUUUGACUUCGAUCAUUAUGGACUGGUACCACGCUCUAGUCCUAGGCAGGCAGACCUCAUUUUAACAGCGGGCACCGUAACUAUGAAAAUGGCUCCUUCUUUAGUUCGAUUAUAUGAGCAAAUGCCCGAACCAAAAUAUGUUAUUGCUAUGGGAGCUUGUACAAUUACAGGAGGUAUGUUCAGUACCGAUUCUUAUAGUACUGUUCGGGGCGUGGAUAAGCUAAUUCCUGUGGAUGUCUAUUUGCCGGGCUGUCCACCUAAACCGGAAGCGGUUAUAGAUGCUAUAACAAAACUUCGUAAGAAAAUAUCUCGAGAAAUCUAUGAAGAUCCAAUUAGUUAUCAACGUAGGUGUUUUACUACCAACCACAAAUUUGAUGUUGGACACAGUACUCAUACCGGCAAUUCUAAUAAAGGAUUAUUCUAUCAACCAUCAUCUAUUUCCGAGAUAACCUCGGACACAUUUUGGAAAUAUAAAAAAAUUAAGUAUCCUCCGACGAACGAAAAAGUGAAUUAA